ACCAACCGUCCGCGUCCGAGGCCGGAUUCCAAACGGCUCCGCAACGACGCCACCGCCGCCGGCCCGCCGGCCGAGAGGGCGCUCCCUGGCGGCUUCUCCGCCUGAAACCACUCUCCACGCCGCUGAGUCUCGGAAACGCCGGAGAGAAGCGCCGAAGUGAGCGCAAGGCACCGCCGCCGCCUCUGCCACCGCGACCGACACAGCCGCGCGGGACGUUUGAACGGACCGGAAGUGGGCGUGGCCGGACUUCCGGCAGUUGGAUGUGGGAGAACCGGGAGUGUCGGGGGAAUGGCGACCAAGCGGUUGGCGCGGUAUGCGAGUGGGUUCUCGGCGACGCGGGGGAGGGGUGGUCGCUCUGGGUCCGGCGCAGGCGUCCCCGGCAGCGCGGCGCAGGCGGCGUCUUAGCUGGCGGCCUCCAUUUUCCGCGUUCUCGGCGUCUGGGACCUGCACUCUCGGAAAAGCUGCUGCCUGAACCUGGGUCUCGAGCCCCAGGCUGCGCUCUGCAGGGCGGGAAGGAGCCCGAGGAGCCCCGGCUUCUCGUCGUCCUGGCCUGGCCCUGGGAAAGAACGGGACGCGACAGCGCCGUAGCUUGUUGGGAGGUCCCAGGCAGGCGCCACUGCAUCAAGCCGUUAGCCGCACCACUUCAAAUGAUCCAGUUCAUAAGAUGAACCGUUGUGACCUUUUCUGAUUCCUGGAUAGGCUGGCUUUGAACUUGUGAUCCUCCUGCCUCAGCUUCCCGAUCCGCUGGGAUUAUAGACAUGCACCAUCACGCCGGGCCAAAACUGUCCUUUGACAAAUUAUCCAUUUUUCUCAUCAGUGUGGGUAGCAAAAAUGUCUGCCUCCUAGAAUGUUUGACUAAAUGAGUUCACCAUGCAGCUUGGAUUAAUUAGGAGAAAGUCAAUUGCACCAGCAAAUGAGAAUCUAGGAAGAAGAAAAUCCAAGCAGUUGUAUGACUACUUAAUUGUGAUUGAUUUUGAAUCCACCUGCUGGAAUGAUGGGAAACACCACAAUAGCCAGGAAAUAAUUGAAUUUCCAGCAGUAUUGAUGAACACAUCAACUGGAGAGAUUGAAUGUGAAUUCCAUACUUACGUUCAACCUCAAGAACAUCCAAUUCUUUCUGAAUUUUGCAUGGAACUGACGGGCAUAAAACAGGCUCAAGUUGAUGAAGGAGCCCCUCUGAAAAUCUGCUUGUCUCAGUUCUGUAAAUGGAUUCAUAAGAUUCAACAAGAGAAGAAAAUUAUGUUUGCUACUGGGAUUUCAGAACCUUCUACUUCUGCAGCAAAAUUAUGUGCAUUUGUUACUUGGUCAGACUGGGACUUGGGGGUUUGCCUAGAGUAUGAGUGUAAAAGAAAACAACUGUUAAAACCCAUGUUUUUAAAUUCCUGGAUUGAUCUCAGAGCAACUUACAAGCUUUUCUAUAGAAGAAAGCCAAAAGGACUAAGCGGUGCCUUGCAGGAAGUGGGAAUAGAGUUCUCAGGACGAGAACAUUCUGGGUUGGAUGAUUCUCGUAAUACUGCUCUUCUUGCUUGGAAAAUGAUCAGAGAUGGUUGUCUAAUGAAAAUUACAAGGUCCUUCAACAAGGUUCUCACAAAGAAGAACCCCAACAUUCUGGCCAGAAAUUUGAAUACAAAUCAAGAAGAAGAAACAUCUGCCUGCAACAUUAGCAUACAGGGUCCCAACAUACAUGAUAAAGAGCUUAAAAAUGAAAUAAGUGCUCGUGAAAAAGUUCAAACAAGUUCAGUUUAUGUGAAUUCCCCUAUAAUGGUACAGCAGGAUCAGUUACAACUAAAAAACAAUAUAAAAGCCGGUCUUCACAAUGUCAAAAGUUGCUUAUCUGUUUUUACUACAAAGCCCUCUACAUCUUUGGGACAGUUGCAAUUUCCCAGCUUAAAUUCGCCUGUCUAUAUGCAGAAGCAAAGAAACAAUGAACAUCUUGCAGUCAAUGCCAAAUCUAAGCCUUCAACGUUUAAUUCAGAAUUGGUACUUGUUUCUACUACCAUUCCUUCUGUUAAUCAUGUUUCUGAUGUGGAAAUGAGUUCUACUCUUGACUGUUUGCCUAUGUUGGCUGAAUGGGAAGACAUAGUUUUACUGCCAGCAUCUCAAUCUGAGGAAAAUACAGAUUGUAUACUUCCUAUUAGUGACACGAACGUAGAGACUUCACUUAAUUCUGGAGAAAGAUUAAUGGUAUUAAAAGAAUCAGAAAUGCUGAGUCAUGAGAAUUUUGGCAGCAUCAAGGAAACUUUUCAGGAAUUGGAGACCACUCAGUCCAUUGUGUAUAAGAGUCCUCACACUACUAUUUAUAAUGUAAAAGAAGCUAAAUAUCCAGGUUCAGACGAGUCAGCCUUUAAAUUGCCUGAACGCAAAUUAUGUGCCUUUAGCAGUGUUAAUGCCAAUGCAGCUCGUUCUUCAGUUUUGGGGAAAUAUCCUCUUUCUUUAGGUGGCACUAAAAGGAAUUCAUCUAAUCCCCCAGUAUUCCCCCCAGCAAAAAAACAGAUCUUCACUAUUCAUGAAGAAAGGCCAGCAUCAUCUGAUUGCUCCCCAGGAAGAAGUUCUUGUCAGAAGGUUCUCCCCCCUGUAUUAACUUCUGCAGUGAAUCUACAAGAGCCUUGGAAGAGUGGGAAAAUGACACCUCCCUUAUGCAAGUGUGGCCGAAGAUCUAAGAGGCUUGUUGUUUCUAACAAUGGACCAAACCACGGGAGAGUCUUCUAUUGUUGCCCUAUUGGAAAAUACCAAGAAAACAGAAAGUGUUGUGGUUAUUUUAAAUGGGAACAAACACUUCAAAAGGAAAAAGCCAACAGCCUAGUUCUGUCUCAUUCCACAGGGGGACUCACUUUGAGUUCUCCAGUAACAAGCCAUGUUCGUGACAAUAAUUGUUUUCCUAUUAAAAAUUCUUUGAGACUCAGACCUUCAAUGAGGAAUUGAUAAACUUUCUUUGUAGUUAAGCUGUUUUUACUUUUAGGACAGCUUUUUUGUGACUUUUAGUGCAGGAAAGAUAAAGUAUAGGGCUACAAGUUUUGGAGACUUAGCAUAUCGGAAUUAUGUAGGCUGUACUGGAGCAGUUACACACACAAAGAGAAAAUAUAUUUCAUAACCUUUUAUUCACCAUUUGCUUAACAAUUGUCUCCUAAUUAUUCCUAAUUAUCUCCUAAUGACUCCUAAUUAUUCCUUAAAUUUCCACACAUGAACAUUCUGAUACUAUCUUACACAAUUUUAUUCAUAUCUCACAUAUUAAUGUUCACUGAGUUUCAUACUUCCUAUUUUAUAGGGGACUGGUUAUGUAGCUCAGUUGGUAGAGUGCCUGCCUCGCAUGCACAAGGCCCUGGGUUCAAUCCCCAGCACCACAAAAAAAAAAAAAAAAUUUAUAAAUUUAUUUCUUAC